AUGGGCACUGCAAGGACCACUCGUCUGUGGACGGUGCCCCCUGCUGCCCUAGCUGCAUACACUGCGGGGGAAUGGUCUCAACCCAGACAAUCAAGAGCUCAAUAUACUACUUCUCGAACACGAUACAGCAAUUAUUCAGAGUCUGGAAAGUCCAAUGCAGGCAAAGACGAUGGAUCCAUCUGGAACAACAUCAGCCAGAAGCUAGAUGAGGUUAAGCAAACCGUUGGCUCCGCCGAGUGGGCGGAUGUGGGGAACAUCACAGACUAUAUCAUCCCAGAUUGGACGCGAUUUCUACCAGCUACUGCCAAAAAGCUCCAGCGGGAGCUCUCCCUAUCUCCCGGCUCAUUGGCAGACGAUAUUUGGAGGGAGGCACAGGACCCUGAUAUCAACCCUGAGAUUCUCCGCGACGCCAAGGUACGAGUAAGUGAGGAUCUUUGCAACGAAGAGCAGGCAUUUAGACGGCAACGACAACGGAAGGUUGUCAAAGCAUUGUCAUCUUACCUCAAAAUACCCGUGGAGGACAUCCACCCCGAAGACGUACCGGUCAUUGCGGUGUGUGGCUCGGGAGGUGGUCUGCGCGCUCUAGUUGCAGGCACCGGAUCGUAUCUGGCAGCACAGGAAGCAGGUCUGUGGGACUGCAUCACCUACACGGCUGGUGUCAGUGGCAGCUGCUGGCUGCAAACCCUCUAUCAUUCGUCCAUUGCGCAGCAAGACUUCGACAAGCUUGUCGACCAUUUGAAGAAUCGUCUUGGUGUUCACAUUGCAUUCCCGCCGGCAGCUCUCAAUCUCCUCACUACUGCGCCGACAAACAAGUACCUUCUCAGUGGGUUUGUGGAAAAGCUGAAAGGCGAUCCUGGUGCGGACUUUGGACUGGUAGAUAUUUACGGAUUGCUGCUUGCAGCGAGACUAUUGGUCCCGCGAGGAGAACUGGGAGUCUCCGGUUUUGAUUUCAAGUUGUCGAACCAACGAGCCAAUUUGAUAAAUGGGGCUCAUCCGCUUCCAAUUUACACGGCGGUGAGACAUGAGAUUCCCGUCGAAGCCCUCAUACAAAAAGAUCAGACCAAGAAGAAUCCAACGCCUGAACAGUUGGCGAAAGAGUCGCGACAUGAAGCAUGGUUCCAGUGGUUUGAGUUCACUCCCUACGAAUUCUUUUGUGAAGAACUGAAUGCCGGAAUCCCCACCUGGUCUUUGGGGCGUCACUUCAACGCAGGCCGCUCUGAUGUUUCCGCUGACAAUCUCCCCAUCCCGGAGUUAAGGAUUCCCGGGCUCAUGGGUGUUUGGGGUAGCGCUUUCUGUGCGACUUUGUCUCACUAUUACAAGGAGAUCCGGCCUCUGGUCAGCGGCCUGGCUGGAUUUAGUGGAAUUGAUUCUCUCAUCCAAGGCAAGAACCAAGACUUGAUCAAGGUGCAUCCCAUAGACCCUGCGGCUAUACCCAACUAUGUUAUGGGCAUGAAAGAUCAGCUGCCCGACUCCUGUCCGGAGUCAAUCUUCCGAGACGAGCACCUGCGUCUCAUGGAUGCGGGAAUGAGUAAUAACCUGCCAAUCUACCCACUCAUCCGACCUGGGCGCGAUGUCGAUGUAAUUGUCGCAUUUGAUGCGUCUGCGGAUGUCAAACAGGAGAACUGGCUCUCUGUGGUCGAUGGAUACGCCAAACAACGUGGUAUAAAAGGUUGGCCUGUCGGCGCCGGAUGGCCCAAACAUUCGAGCCUCAAGGAUACCGAGAAAGCACUGCGCGAGCCAAAUAACAUCACCGAGGGGCAAUUGACAGAUAAACUCGCCGACGCUAUGGAUACCUCUGAACCCCCACCCGAUGAUCAAGAGCCCAAGGCCGGCACAGACCUGGGCUAUUGCAACGUUUGGGUCGGCACCACAGCCGAGCGAACCUCGAACGACGAGCCUCCGCCAUCCAAACGCCUAUUUGAUUCUUCCUACAACGAAACCCCCUCCGAAUCCGAGUUCCACCUGAUGCGCCCAGAUGCCGGCAUCGCGGUUGUCUACUUCCCUCUGAUUCCCAAUCCUUCCGCACCGGAUAUUCCUCCCAAACCUAAAACUCGUCCGCGUGCAGCUGCUCAGUCCAUGCGACAGGAUAGCUCUCAAACCAGAGAUCCGGAACUGCCUCUUGCUCCACAGCCCAACUCGAUCGACCCGGAAGUUGAUGAUUUCCUGUCUACUUGGAACUUCAUCUAUACGCCUGAGCAGAUUGAUUCUGUCGUUGGCCUUGCAAAGGCAAACUUCUUGGAGGGUGAAGAGCAGACUCGUCGUGUUAUCCAUGCUGUCUAUGAGCGCAAGAAAUCCGAUCGCCUGCGGAAGGAGGCGGCAGAGCAUCGGAAGAAGAUGGAAGGCUUUGUGCCUCUAUGA